CUGUGUUCCCGACAUUUCCUUUGCCGAUUGAGCUGUGUUAAGAAGAUCGAACCAGAAGCUUCCCGUAAGAGUCAUUCAGAAAUGGAGCAGACCUUCAUCAUGAUUAAGCCCGAUGGCGUCCAGCGCGGCCUGGUUGGUGAAAUCAUCGGCCGCUUUGAGAAGAAAGGCUUCUACCUUAAAGGUUUGAAGCUCAUCACUGUCGAGCGUGCUUUCGCCGAAAAGCAUUAUGCUGAUUUGUCUGCAAAGCCAUUCUUUAGCGGUCUCUGUGAUUACAUUGUUUCUGGGCCUGUUGUGGCAAUGGUGUGGGAGGGAAAGGGUGUGGUUGCAACCGGUAGGACCAUCAUUGGAGCCACAAACCCCUUGCAGUCUGCUCCUGGAACCAUCCGUGGUGACUUUGCCAUCGACAUUGGGAGGUAAAAAAUCACUUUACUGCUUUUCUAUGUUAUGG